UGAAGCUCAAUUUUAGAGAUUAAAAAAAAAACUUCGAUAAAAAAUGAAAAAGACAAUGUUUUUAGCUUAACAAUUAUAUUUACCUCCAUCUGUAUUAGCAAAUGAAACUAUACAUGCAUAAUGAAGAAAUUUUACGCAAUAUUUCUUUUAAUAUGUGCAACCACCGCUGAAUUACCCAAUAAUUGUAAUGAUCCUAAUUGGCAUUCAUUGGUCACUUUAAACGACGCCAAAUUAGCUUGCGGGCCAUCUUUUGAAAAUCGUUGUUAUUGUAUGAGAACGUGUUACGAGAAUCAUCAUCAAUAUGUUGUUAAUUGCACUAAUUCUGGAUUUCAAAAUACAGCACCAUUAUCACACUUGCCGAACGAGACACAAGUGCUCAUUUUUACCGGAAAUAAUCUAGAAGAACUUCCAUGGAACGUAUUUGGUAACCUGGAUAGUUUACCUUAUUUGAGAAUAAUCGAUAUGUCAAGGAAUAAAAUAAGAGAAAUUCGUGGGAAAGCGUACCACCACGUUCAACGCGUCGAACGACUUAUUUUAGACUUCAACGAGCUCUCGCUAGAUCCAGGAAGGAGUCAUCCCAGAGUGUUUUCCAAUUUUGUAUCCCUUUUAGAACUCCAUUUAACUCAUGCCUUUGAAGAUGGUCCACCAAGAGAUCUUACAGCGACAUUGCAUGAUAUUUUUGUGAAUAGUAAUUUAACACAAUUGAUAAAACUCCAUUUAGAACAGAAUGAAAUAUCAGAGUUCCGAGACUCCAACGUAUUCUGCGACCUUCCGAAUCUCUUAGAUCUCUAUCUGGGAGAUAAUGCAUUGGCUGCCUUGCAUUUUAACAUAUCCUGCCUGCAUAAAUUACGCUUCUUGGAUCUCCAACGAAACAAAUUCACAAAAAUCGCCGAACACGAUCUACACGCUAUGGAUGUGCUUAUCAAGCAUAAUAAAAGUAUAGCAGUAGAUUUUACCGGGAAUCCACUUGAAUGUUCCUGUAAACUUAACCCUUUCAUUAAAUGGUUGAAAAAGACGAAAGUAUUUGUUCGCAAUAAGAGCCGCUUAAAAUGUUACGAAGGUGAAAUAUCUCACGAUGUACACGAAACGAAAAACUGUGCGCCGAAAUUGUUUUCAUCAACUCCACGUGGCGCAACUAUAAUAUUAUUUUUACUUUCUAUAGUGUUGAUAGGACUUGUGUGUGCUUUAAUUUAUGUACAACGCACAAAAUUACAAAAGAAAAUCGAGCCCAUAUUAGACUCAGUGAACAAGAGGGUGCGAUACACCUCAAUAGCAACUGGUGAUACUCGGGAAGAUUGCAUUGGUGAACUUAAUUUAUUGGUUUUUAUACAAUAAAGAAUGCCGUCAGUUAAACGACUUCGUCUCGAUGAAGUCGUCACAUCAUUUCCAGAAUUGGGACCCACAGUUCCAGAUGGUGGUUACGCAUGGAUUGUUCUUUCCGGAGUAUUUUUAGUCCAGAUGACUGUCCCUAGUAUAUUAGCCAUGUACGGAGUAGUAUUAGCAUAUAUAUACGAAACUAAAUCUAUGGAUCUUCACAUAUGGAACGAAAAAAUUUUUCUGACGCCUAUACUAUUUACUGCUUUUUGGAGUCUAGCAGAUCCUUGGACGAGAAUAAUUGUGAGCAUAGCGUCGAUACCCUGUUUGGUAGGUCUAACAGGAGUAAUUUUCUUGGUAGUCGGAAUUAUAGCAUCCGGUUAUCUCGCAACUGGUGGAGUUGGUGCUUAUUUAACCAGCAUCAGUGCAGGUGCAAUAAUGGGUAUAGGCGCCAGUUUUGUCAUUCUAUUGAGUGACUAUAUUUUGAGGAAAUACUUUAGGAAAAAGCUUUUAAUAGCUUUGAUGUUAAGAAACGUUGGCUCUUCGUUUGGUCUUCUACUCAUUCCAAGCAUCACGAAUUUGUUGUUGCACGAAGCCAGAUUAAAAACUGGUUUGCAACUAAUAACUACGAUGUUAUUGCCCACUGCACUGGGAACAUUGACUUUUCGGUUGCCUUCUAUACAACAGACAUCUCCUUACAGUCUUCUCUUAUCAACCGAAGAAGACACUGAACUUCCUGUAAGAAUCUCUUCGGAUGUUCAUGAAGAAUCGCAGCAUCCGAAUGAUCAAGAUGACAUAGAAAAUUUUGAAUAUAAUCAAGCUGAUGAUAAGAUACAUGGAGGAGGAUUACUCAGCGAAGGAAAUAAUAUUUAUGCUUACGAGGAUAUGGACGAAGAUGUGGAUUUAUUUAUAAAUCCAAUGAUCCAUAUGGACAAUAAAUGGAAACAUCAACUUCGAGUUCUUAGGGAUUUCCGAUUUUGGGCUGCAACAAUUGGCUGGGUUGGGAUGAAAGUGUCUGCUCUUUUCUUUUGGCUUCUGUUGCCCGUUUUAUCUUGUGAAGUAGUAAAUAAUUCCUACCUUUGGAUGUCUUUAUCAGUUGUGGCUGGAUUCAGUACCUUUUUACCAAAUUUUAUCAGUUAUAAAACAUUAAAAUUUAAAAAUCAGAAUAGAAGAUUAUUAUUUGGUACAUCAUCUUUAAUUUGUGGUUGCAGUUUAUUAGGACUAAUUCGUGUAAAUAGUUACUCGGGGCUCAUGAUUUUUGCCUUUUUGGGAGGUAUCAGUAUUGGUAGUUUAUCAAGUUGUCAGGAUUUAGCUUUAUACGAUGUUCUUGGCUCUGAAAUGGUUCGUUCCAUCGACAGAGGAUUUUCAACUAUCGUGGGUUUAUCCAUUUUUGGUUUUUACUUCAUAUACAACAUAAACCUUUGUUUGAGUCUCGCAGCGCUUUUACAAUUUCUUGGUGGACUCUAUUGGAUCUCGACGCCUGCUCUGAACUUACUUAAAGCUACACGUUACACUUCUCGCACGGUGGAUAGAGCAAGCAGUGAUGAGAUAUGAUUAAAAUAACUCUACGAAAUUAAUAUAAGAAUAUCAAUUUUACGUUACAUCUUAAUUUAAUUAUAUUUACAAAAGUAUUUAUGUUGAUCACAACAAUCUGUUUUCUCUAGAUACAUCUAACAUUAAAAAUAGCAUUCAUAGAAA